AACUACUCUAACUCUCUACUACUCUAGAUUCUAGUCUAGUACUGUCUGAGUGUCUCUAGAGGUUAAGAGGUCUAUAUUCAUCAUUGACUAUAUUAUACUAAUUACUAAUAUUAUAGAUCUAGUCUAUAGAAUAGUAUCUAUUACUAUCAUCGCUAGGCUAGGGCACUCUAGUACUCUACUUGACUCUAGACUAGGGCUAGGAGGGGCUCUUAUAAAAAUAAAAAGAUCUAGACUCUACUCCAUCAUCUAGAUCUAGAUUAGAUUUCAUUUUAAUCUUAAAAUUAAGUUAAAAAAGAAAAGCCCUCAUUUUAAGAUCCAUCAUGGGUGUUCGAACAAAAUUGAAGUCAUUCAUUAAAGAUGACAGGCCUGUUACAUUGCAAAAUUAUGUAUCAUCUCAUGACGUGAAGUUGACUAAAGUCAAGUUCAGUCGACAAAGGAAUAUAGUGCAUUAUUGUUCAGAGAAAGGAUCACCAGAAAUGUUAAGAGUCAUUCUGAAACUUUGCCAUAAAGUAAACAUCCAAGACAAAGAUGGUAAUCUUCCUCUACAUCUGGCUUUGUACAGAGGUUUACAAGAAGAUGUUUUGGUAGCAAGAGAAACAUUAUUGGACAUUGUGACACCACUUUUACAAGCCUACAGCUUGGGACAGGAUGUGGAAAAUAAAUAUGGUGAAACUGGCUAUGAUUUGUUACAGAAACUAAAGAAAAAGAUUAAAUCUGCCGAUGCCCAAACUAAAAAGACUGUGAAUGAGACUCCCGAUAGUGAAGACGGCGAGGAUGAGAAGUGGAGAAAGAAGCUCGCAGAGGAAGCAGAAUUUGAAUAUGAAGAACAGUUACCUCGUUAUGACUGUGGAGAGGAAUAUGAAGAUACAUCAACAAAAGAAACAUUUGAUCAAUUUACUGAAAGAAUCAGAAAUGAACAUGCAGCUAAAGCAACGAGGGACCGGCAGCAUAUAUUUUGGAGAGACAGAAAGAGAAAGCUGGAGAGUGAUGACUCAAGUGAAAAAACAAAGAAGCCUCACAAAGAGAGCGAGGACGAGAAAUUAAAGGCUGCCAGGGAACAAAUGAAGAAGAAUUUCAAACCCGGUGUUGAGGUCAAGCUGAACAGAUAUAAAUCACAGAAGGAGAAUUAUGAAAGAAAGUUCAGCUACCUUCUUGGCCAUUUGGCGGGAAAAACAUUGACUUUUGGCUGUAUACCUUGGCCGUGUUUAGACCUGACUCUUCUUGGUGACAUUCUCUUCAGUGACUUUGAAGACAAACAAGGCCCUGACUAUCGUAAAUAUCUUCGCUCUCAGCAAGUACGUUGGCAUCCAGAUAAAUUUACCCAGAAAUUCAAGGACUAUAUGCAUCCUGAUCAUGUGACUAAGAUCAUGGGCAAGGUGAAGGCCAUUUCACAGUUUCUGAACAAACUAAGCUCAGAUUUACAUGACAAGGAGACAUAAUGCCAUUUUACAGUUUCUAGGAUGAUUUACAGAGAUAUAAGGCUAUUCUAAACCUCUAAACUAACCCAAACUUCAGAUUUACAUGACAUAGAGACAUAAAGCCAUCCUACGUUAUGCCAGGAAUGUUUCCCUAACAAUAUUUAUUUGUCAACUUUGAAAAUAAUAAAUUAUUUUAAAAAAAAGCUUGUUAAUGAAAAUCAUUUAUAUUAUCUCUUGUGAUUUUAUGGCUGUGUUGAACUUUAAAGUUACAACAAUUAAUUUUUUGUAGAUAAAUUUAACAUGAAGGUUAAUGUAUGCUCUAAAUGUCUUUUCUUCUUUAUAUCUACAAUCAGGAUCCUACCAUGUACACUGUAUAUUUAGUUUUGUAAAACCCUCAAGAUUAUUGUAUACCACAAAUAAAGUGGUGGUCUAUAUUUUUUUAUUCUCACAUGCUGGGUGUAGUACCUAUGGUUAGUGCCACCAAAGACAGUACUGUAGCUCUCACUAUGUCAUCAAAAUUUAUUUCUAUGGCUAAACUAUUUUCAGUAUUGAAAUUAAAAUAAAAUAAUUCAAUCUUUUGCCAGCCUCUGUAUAUUA